AUGAUCUUAACUGACUUCUUUGUUGAAAUACCUUGUAGACUCACUAUUAAAGGAGCCUAGUAUAUAAGAGACACCUAUCCACUAUGCUUUAAAAAUGUACCUUAUUCCUUAGAGAGAAUGAUCAUUAAUGUCACUGACUACCAAAUUAAAACUAAUAUUUGCAGGAAUUACUCAACAUCACUGUAGAAUUUUGACAUAGUUAUAUGGAUAGAUUAAUUGAAGAUAGUAUUCUGCGAAAGACUUAGGCCUGAAGACUUAGACCCAAAACUCAACAAUCCUAAUAGUAACUAAAGAAUGAUGUAUUCACAUAGAGCUAGGACUAUAACUUAAAAUUAUCAUUGCAUAUCUUCCAUAAAAUACUUUCUACAUCAUUAAGCUAAGGUUAAUGCCCAACAGGAGUUCAAAUUCGACUAGCUUUAAGAUAUACAGACAUUUGUUGAUCCAAAUCUUUUAAAGCAAAGAGAUAGUAUGAUUGCUCUGAGUUUUGAAAAAUAAUAACCAUAAAAUGAAUAGAACAUGGAAACAGAUGUAGGAACAACAGGUACAUCAGAUUCUAAGUAUGUGGAUGAAUCAAGAUCAGAUUAAUAUAUGGAAGAGAUAUUUAUAGAGAUUCGAGACUCACAGGAAUCGGAGGAGAGUCAAAAUAUACUUAAGUCAGAAUAACAACCCUGCAAGUAGUUAACUCAUACAGCUAAUUUAGAUGAUUUUGAUUACUUAUCUUAUAAGAGGGAUGUGCUAUAGUCUAAGCCUGGAUAUUUCCUUACUCCGUCAUAAGAUAUAGAUUCUAUAAAUUUAAAUAAAACUGCAUAAAGUCCCCCUAAAUUGACUUAAGCUAAUGUUCAAGACGAUCCUGACUUGGAAGAUUAGUAGAUAAUUGAGGAGGCUACACUUAUCCUCAAGCAAGAGGCGUCCUAAAGCUAGAAUACUCUAAUCAAUCAGAUUAUAGUAAAGCAGGAAAAUCACAAUAAUGAUAUCAAUCAUGAAAUGAGCAGCGACAGUUGUUAUUUAGAGGAAAUUAAUGAAAUUAUAAUGCUAGAAGAGAGCACUCCUGAAUCUUAAAAUGCUUAAAACUAUCAAUGCUUGAACUAGCCAAAAACUGACUUUUUAAUUGACAAAUAUCAACGCAUUCAGAAAUUAGUGUCCAACUUCAUUAAAAAUGAUGAUUGGACUUUUGAGUAAUAAAAAUAGAUGCGAUUGUUAAGUGGAUUAGAUUAAGUUAGCAAUUCAUAUAAGGAAAUUGAAUAUGAAAAAUAGUGUGAGAGAAGGAGAUAAAUGCUAAUUGAAAAGUCUAUUUAAUUUUGA